UGUGACCAUCGCGACCUUUAUUCUUUUCGCUCUUGGCACACACAUCGGUACUUGGACACUUUCACGCAUCGGUACAUGGGAGGGGGAAUUCUAUCAUCAUGUCACCUUCCCCUUCCGAUCGGACACCUCUCCUGUCCGAGGAGCCCCGCCGCCGCCCGAGCAACGCUGUAGACGGGGACGACGAGACAGGCUACGACCCCGAUCCAUCUCCUCCUCCAGGCCCCUUCCGACUGCGCGAAACCCUCCUGUUUAUCUGGGCACUCCUGGCCACUGCGGGUGUCAUCGUUCUCGCCGUCUGGAGCCAGCAUAGCCGUCAAACGCGCCAUGAGCCCUCUGCUCCCGAGAAGCGAAAUCUCAUUUUCAUGGUCUCCGAUGGAAUGGGCCCCGCCUCGCUCUCGUUGACACGGAGUUUCCGCCAGCAUAUCCACGACCUCCCACACAACGAUACGCUCACGCUGGACCAGAACUUCUGGGGCACCAGCCGCACUCGGUCCUCCAACUCCCUCGUCACCGAUAGCGCUGCGGGGGCCACGGCCUUCUCGUGCGGAAAGAAGAGCUACAAUAGUGCGAUUUCUGUCACGCCGGACUACGAGCCCUGCGGCACCGUUCUCGAGGCCGCCAAGAGGGCUGGGUACAAGACGGGCCUCGUCGUCACCACCGAUAUCACUGAUGCCACCCCGGCAUGCUUCGCCAGUCAUGUUCUGACUCGGUCCAUGAACGACGAUAUUGCUCUGCAGGAGGUCGGUGACGGGCCCCUCGGCCGGGUCGUGGACCUUAUGCUUGGAGGUGGCCGCUGCCAUUUUCUACCCAACGGCACCGACGACAGCUGCCGCCUGGACGACACGGACGUUGUCAGCAUCGCGCAGAGCCAGUUCAACUGGACCUAUGCCAGCGACAGGGCGGGUUUCGAUGAUCUGGACGGAGGCGAAAACGUCAAUAUGCCCUUCCUCGGCCUCUUCGCCCAUUAUAACGUUCCCUUUGAGAUUGACCGCCGCCACAUGAACCACAUUUACCCGAGCCUGACCGAGAUGACCAGGACAGCUCUGCGUGCCCUGGAGAAAGCGACGGAGGAUAGUGACCAAGGAUUCUUCCUCAUGAUUGAGGGCAGUAGGAUCGAUCAUGCGGGCCACAUCAACGACCCGGCGGCUCAGGUACAUGAGGUACUGGAAUAUGACAACGCCUUCGAGAUUGUGCUGGAAUUCAUCGAAAAGAGCGACACCGAGACCAUCCUGGUGGCCACCAGCGACCACGAGACGGGUGGUCUUUCCACGGCGCUUCAGGAGCCUGGCCAAUGGCCGGUGUAUGACUGGUUUCCCAAGGCACUUGCCCAAGCUAAUUCCUCAGCCGAAUACUUGGCCUUGAGACUGGCGAAGCACGUGGUCGAAGCGCCGUCCGAAAGCAAGAAAGACCUCAAGAAGUGGAUUAACAAGAACCUGGUGAUAGCAGGUCUCGGAAUCACGGACGCCCUGGACGAGGAACUCGAAGCACUCGCCGAGGCGCCCUUGGACGGAACCUACAUUUUCGCGGCCAUGAUCAGCCUUCGGGCGCAUGUGGGCUGGAGCACGCACGGACAUUCAGCGGUGGAUGUGAACAUUUACAGCUCGGGCGGACGAGGCGUCGACAAGAUCCGCGGCAACAUGGAGAACACGGACAUCGGCAAUUUCCUGCACGAGUGGCUGGACGUUGACGUGGGUGCCAUCACGAAAGAGCUCAAGGCCAAGGCCGACAGAGCAAAGCAUCUGGGCGCUGAUCGUCUGCUGAAAGAAGAUCUUGCUGCCCAAGUUGCGGGGUCGGUGGAAGGUCCGGAUCACUGGAUGGAGCAACAGCGUAUGCUCAACGGACAGCGGUGGUACGGGAACGGAGAGUGGUGAUUGGGGUGCGACGUGGGAUCACCAACGCGAGCGGCACCUCAAACGUUUCAUAU